GGUGCGGAGCGUGCUGCCCCGAGCCGCCCGCUUGCUCUCCGCCUGCAUCUGGGCGCCACCCGCCCGUCCCCUGCCUUCCCUCUCCUUCCCCCGCCCGUCCCCUGCCUUCCCCCGCCUGUCCCCCACCUUUCUCCUGCCUCUUCCCCGCCUUUCCUCCGCCUGUUCCCCUCCUUCCCCCGCCUUUCCCUCCCCGUCCCCCACCUUUCCCCCCUCCUGUUCCCCACAUUUCCCCUGCCUGCCCCCUGCCUUUCCCCCGCCUGUCCCCGCACCGUGCCCCGCUUUUCUCCGGCCUGUCCCGCCUCCCUCCCGGCUCCUCCGCGGGCCGCUCCCGGUUGCCGGGCGCUGCCGAUCCCGCACGCUGUCCGGGCGGGCAUGGAGCGGCUGCAGGUGGAGGCGCAGGCCCUGGAGGAGUACGCGGAGUACCGGCGAAUUGUAGGUGAUGAUGAUGGAGGAAAGCUCUUUACUCCUGAGGAAUAUGAGGAGUACAAAAGAAAAGUAUUACCAGCUCGGCUACAGAACAGGUUAUAUGUGAGCUGGAGAUCACCAACUGGCAUGGACUGCAAGCUUGUGGGACCAGAGACACCCUGCUUUUGCACUCACCAGUACAAACAACACAAAACAGACUAUGAGGCGCUCCCCAAGGAGCGCCCCAUCCGUGUGCCGUGCCGAGUGAAGCGCUGCCCGUGCCCGUCCUACGUGUUGGUGCCCCUGAGCGGCGCCCAGCCCGUGCGCUGCCGCUGCAAGCACCUCCCCGAGCAGCACGGCGCCCGGCCCGGCUCUCCCUGCAGCGCCUGUUCCAAGUGUUCAGGCUUUCACAGCUGCUUUACCUGUGCAUGUGGCCAGCCAGCAUAUGCUCAUGAAACAGUUGUGGAAACGAAAGAGGAGCGCUUAGCCCAGGGAAAGCCUGUGGGGCAGGAUGUUCCUUAUGCUGCCAUGGGAGGACUGACUGGCUUCAGCUCACUGGCAGAAGGCUACAUGAGGCUUGAUGACAGUGGAAUAGGUGCUCCUUCUGCUGAACUUUUAGAAGCCCCCAUUACUAGCAUGGAUCAUCCAUUUCUAAAAGCAUUUCAGGAUCCUUCAAGCUCUGCUCAAACCAUGCCACAAAUAGCAGGCAGUUCAAGUGGCACAGGGCAAGUUUCUCAUGGAAAACAAUCAGAAGCUGAUGACAUGGCUUACUUUGAAAAACGUUAUCAAGAACGGCUUAAAAUGGAGAAAGCUGCUAAACGGAAAGAGAGGAGUCCAGCGCCAUCAAAGAAGCCAUGAGAUUAAUAAAUAAAUAUUUAUUAUUUGGCCCGUUGUUCAUUUUUGCAUUGAGUACUUUUCUCUGUGCCUAACCACAUAUCUGUAUUUAUUCAUGUUGUUUUGUUCCUUUGCCAAAAUUAAUUUUUAAUUAUCUCAUUGUAAUAAAAUUGGUUCUUUAAUCAAUGUGCUUCUAAUCUCCACAACUGUUACACAGAUAUUUCUUUGAGAAUGGAGAAACAUAUUUAGGGAGAUGCAGUUCUGAAGUUAAAGAGAGAGUGUAAGGUCUGAGAGAAUAACCUUAUAUUUAAAUAUUAGGUUGUGAGAGGGCAAAGAAAAGAUAUGUCUAAUUCUUAGACUUCUAUGAUACAUUUGGUUAUGGAUUUUAUGUGGUGAGAUUUGUUCUGUAAAUAGUGACAUUUUAAUAUUUUUUUUAUCCCUUUCUUUUGAUUUUAUUGCCUUGACAUAAAAUUCAGACAUGCCCUUGUUCUCUCAUGCUUCUGCAGCCUCUGUUUGUGCUGUAAUAUAAAUAUUUGUUUAAAAUAUGACGUUCUGUACACUUGCAAACCCAUUUCCACACUUAUGAGCUACUUGAAGGGAUCUUGCUUGUAUACUUUAUCCCAGAUUUCUCUGCUGGUACCAUUUUCCUAAUUCUGUUUGUCUGUUACUGUCCAUAACAAUUAUUACAUUAAACUCCUGAAAACCUUAAGU